ACUUCAAUUUAAACACUGGGGACUAAUGACUAUGCCUGUUACAUUGAAUCCUUCACAUUCAAGCCUUCUCUUGAUCAUUUCCUCUCUUUAUUAACAAUUUUCACAUUAAUAUUCUUUCAAUUGUUUAAACUUAAAUUUUUUCUCAACCACUCUUUGAUUGUAUUUAUUAUACUAGGAGUACAGAUACAUCAUGCUUCAUUGAUUGAUUCAUUGUACUAGAAAUAACAUUCAUAUCUUCCAUAAGUUCCAGCUUCAGGGGAGGUAUCAGAGACCCACCGGAGAAUUCAUCAUGGCUGAAAUGACCAAGUAUUCAAUGGAGCACGAAUUGGGUUGUGGUCUUAUGGGAGGAAUUUUUCAACGCCGGAGCUUCUGGCCAGGAAAAAAAUCAGUACCUUCAUUAUCCUCCAAUGGCACCAGCAACAAUAAUUUGAAACUACCUAUCUUUCAAAAUUCAAAGAAACCUCCCAGUCAUGAUUCCAAGAUACGGCAUAGUACCUCUGCAGACAGUUCCCUUGUAGACUCCGCCAAUGUAGCGAAACCUUCUGAAAAACCAGACAAAAAACAUAGUAGGAGGCCUAGUUCAGAGCCUCCUAGGUCUUCAACUUCUCAGCAGAGAAGUCAUAGUAGAAGGCCUUCAGACGCUGCGAGAAGCUUAACCUCAUCCUCCUCUAGUUCCGGCAAACCAAAGGCGACGCAAGUUCAGGAUUCAACCGACAAGAGAAAGCUGAGUAAAGAUCCCCCUUGUACCUCGACAGAACUUAGCACUGUAGUCGUUUCUAAUUACCAAAAAUCCGGCGUUAACAAAGCUCUUGCUCGAGCUACUUCGAGUAAUAUAAUGCUUAUAGGCCAACUGGGGAACUUGAAGCAGCUUGGAACUGGGAGUGUGCUGGGGAACAAUAGUCCUAAUGCAACAAUUAAGACUGUUGAUUACCUUUACAGGAAUCUUCAAGAGGGAACUUCCAAGUCUAAACACAGAUCUGGCCAGAGUAGACUAGGUGGUAAUGGUGUUAUGGGCAAUAUUGUGAGGCAGCCUAGUGGUGAAUUUCCUAAAGUUAAAGGUUUGACGAAUAAAUUGGAUCCUGAAGUAUUGAAGUCUAUGGGAAAUGACGCGUACAAGAAGGGUAGAUUUGAAGAUGCCUUAUCUUUAUAUGAUGGUGCAAUUGCUCUGAAUUCGAAUAAUGCCACUUACAGAAGCAAUAAGAGUGCUGCUUUGAUAGGUUUAGGCAGCCUAAUGGAGGCUCUUGUAGAGUGCAAAGAGGCUAUUAGGAUUGAUCCUUCUUAUUGCAGAGCUCAGCACCGUUUGGCAACAAUAUAUCUCAGACUAGGAGAGGCAGAGAAAGCAUUACAUCAUUACAAACAGUCAGGUUCCCUUGUUGACCGCGAAGACAUUGCCAAAGCUGAGGCUCUUCAAAAACACCUUAACAGAUGCAAUGGAGCUCGGAAUUUAAAGGAGUGGAGCGAUUUGUUAAAGGGGACCCAAUUUGCAAUAUCAGUUGGUGCUGAUUCGGCUCCAAUAGUGUAUGCUCUGCAAACUGAAGCCUUGUUAAGGCUCCAAAGACAUCAAGAGGCCUAUGCCACCUACAAUAAGGGACCAAAAUUUCUCAUUGAAUCAUGUACAAAAUUGUUUGGCGCUGCUGGUAGCGCUUAUAUCUUGGUGAUGAAGGCGCAAGUUUACAUGGCCACAGGCAGGCUUGAAGAUGCUGUGAAAGUAGCUCAGCAUGCGGCUCAACUUGAUCCAAACAACCAAGAGAUUGUUACCGUAGUAAAGAGAGCUAAAGCGAUAGCAUCAACCAGACUGAGUGGUAACUUGUUGUUCAAGGCAUCAAAAUACUUGGAAGCAUGUAAUAUGUACAGCGAAGGACUAGAGCACGAGCCAUACAACUCAAUCUUACUUUGCAAUCGAGCAGCUUGUCGAUCUAAGCUUGGCCAAUACGAAAAAGCUGUGGAAGAUUGCACGACCGCGCUUAUUUUGCAGCCUACUUACAGUAAGGCCAGGCUACGCAGGGCAGAUUGCAAUGCUAAGCUGGAAAGAUGGGAAGCUUCAGUUCAAGACUAUGAGAUGCUGAUCAGAGAGAUUCCAGGAGAUGAGGAGGUGGGGCGCGCAUUGUUUGAGGCACGAGUGCAGCUUAAAAAGGAACGUGGCGAAGAUGUUAAGGACAUGAAAUUUGGUUCAAAUCUGGUUUUCAUCUCUAGCAAUGAACGGUUUAGACACUUUGUAACCUCACCUGGGAUGGCAGUGGUGCUAUUCUGUAACAAGGCCAAUCACAAGCAAGUAUUGCAGCUUAUGGAACAAGUCUGCAAGAGAUUCCCAUCUGUCAACUUCCUCAAGGUGGAGGUCGAAGACCACCCUUACUUAGCUAAAUCAGAAGCUGUAAGCUCUAUUCCAGCCUUCAAGAUAUACAAGAACGGAUCAAGAGUCAAAGAAAUUCCUGGAAACAACCGCGAAUUGUUAGAAAAAUCAGUUAAACUGUACAGCAGCCGAAGAAACAUAUUGUAAUUAGAGAAAAAAUUUAACAGAAAGAAAGAAAAGAACCAAGCUGGGAAAAAAAUAAUGUGGGCUAAUGGCCUUAAUGACUUUGGCGGCAUUGCAUAUUAGUUAUUAAGCAAAGAAAAUGAGGAUAAGAAGGAAUCAUUGGGGCACAACAAAGUAAAUUCUUGAAGAGAGAUUUAAGAGAUGGGUUCUUUUGU